AUGAACCUCCAGGCCGGGCUCUUUGCUGCCCGCGGGGUCAGGAUGCUGCCCCAGCCCUGGCGCCUCUUCUCCCGGGCUGCCGAGGACGGGGCUCUGCAGAGGAUCCGCAGGGUCCUGUGCGUGGCCGAGAAGAACGACGCUGCCCGCGGGAUUGCAGACCUGCUCUCCAACAGCAGAAUGCGGCGGCGAGAAGGGUUUUCCAAGUUCAACAAGAUCUAUGAAUAUGACUACCAGAUGUUUGGCCAGAACGUUACCAUGGUGAUGACAUCUGUGUCUGGACACUUGCUGGCUCAUGAUUUUAAGAUGCCCUUUCGGAAAUGGCACAGCUGCAACCCCCUGGCUCUUUUUGAUGCUGAAAUUGAGAAGUAUUGCCCUGAAAAUUACAUGGAUAUCAAGAGGACCCUGGAACGGGAAGUCCAGCAGUGCCAGGCUCUGGUGAUCUGGACGGACUGCGACCGAGAAGGAGAGAACAUCGGCUUUGAGAUCAUCCACGUCUGCAAAGCUGUAAAGCCAAACCUCCAGGUUUUCCGAGCCCGGUUCUCAGAGAUUACGCUCCACGCCGUCAGAACAGCCUGUGAGAACCUCACCCAGCCAGAUCAGAAAACCAGUGAUGCUGUUGACGUCAGGCAGGAGCUGGACCUCAGGAUAGGUGCUGCCUUCACCAGAUUCCAGACACUGAGGCUCCGGAAGAUCUUCCCGGAUAUUUUAGCGGAUCAGCUGAUCAGCUACGGCAGCUGCCAGUUCCCAACGCUGGGCUUUGUGGUUGAACGCUUCAAAGCCAUCCAGGCCUUUGUUCCUGAAGGCUUCUAUAAAAUCAAAGUGACACAUGAUCAUGAAGAGGGCACUGUGGUCUUCAACUGGAAGAGGAACCGGCUCUUCAACCACACAGCCUGCCUGGUCCUUUACCAGAUGUGUAUGGAGGAUCCAGUAGCAACUGUUGUUGAGGUUGGGAGCAAGCCAAAGAGCAAAUGGAGGCCCCUGCCCCUGGACACUGUGGAACUGGAGAAGUUGGCUUCCCGCAAGCUGAAAAUAAAUGCAAAGGAAACCAUGAGAAUAGCAGAAAAACUCUAUACUCAAGGGUUCAUUAGCUACCCCCGAACAGAGACCAACAUUUUCCCCAAGGAGCUGAACCUCUCUGCCUUAGUGCAACAGCAAACACAGGACCCGAGCUGGGGAGCAUUUGCACAGAGGAUUUUGGAUGAGGGUGGGCCAACCCCUCGGAGUGGAAACAAAUCAGAUCAGGCUCAUCCUCCCAUUCACCCCACAAAACACACCACUAGCCUGCAGGGCAACGAGCAGAGACUGUACGAAUUCAUCGUGCGCCAUUUCCUGGCUUGCUGCUCCCAAGAUGCCAAGGGCCAGGAAACAACUGUGGAGAUUGACAUCGCUAAUGAGCGCUUCAUUGCUCAAGGAUUAAUGAUCCUGGCCCGAAAUUACCUAGAAGUUUAUCCUUAUGAGAAGUGGAGUGAUAAGGUUAUCCCACUGUAUCAGAAAGGGUCUCGCUUUCAGCCCACUACAGUGGAGAUGGUGGAUGGGGAAACCAGCCCUCCAUUGCUCCUCACAGAAGCGGAUCUCAUUGCUCUCAUGGAGAAACAUGGCAUUGGGACCGACGCCACUCACGCCGAGCACAUCGAGACCAUCAAGACGCGGAUGUACGUGGGUCUGACCCAGGAUCAGCGCUUCCUCCCAGGCCACCUGGGCAUGGGGCUGGUUGAAGGCUACGAUUCCAUGGGCUACGAGAUGUCCAAGCCUGACCUUCGAGCUGAGCUGGAGGCUGAUCUGAAACUCAUCUGUGAAGGGAAGAAGGACAAAUCUGUUGUGUUGCAGCAGCAGGUCCAGAAGUACAAGCAAGUCUUCAUUGAAGCUGUGGCCAGAGCUAACAAGUUGGACCAAGCCCUAGCUCAGUAUUUUGGAGAAGGCACAGAAAUCACAGAGCAAGAGGAGGUCUACCCAGCAAUGCCCGUGGCUGUUCGGAAGUGUCCGCAGUGCAACAGCGACAUGGUCCUGAAGACCAAGAGGAACGGCGGGUUCUAUCUCAGCUGCACAGGCUAUCCAGCUUGUAAAACUGCAGUCUGGUUUCCUGAUUUUGUGCUGGAUGUGACCAGGGAUGAGAGCAUCUGUGCUGUGUGUGAACCCCAUCCUGUUCACAGACUGAAGUUUAAGUUCAAGAGGGGCAGCGUGCCACCCGUGAUGCCCCUGGAGUUUGUUGGCUGCAUCGGGGGCUGUGAUGAGAUGCUCAAAGAGCUCCUGGACCUCAAGUACUUGCACCGCCCGGCCCAGCCAGCACCAGCCAGCCAGCAAGGUCACCACCCGCAGGUCAGCAGCUCCUCCAGCACAGCUAGUGGUGAAAACAGGCAGGUGAGAGGGACCACAAACCCGGCGCCGGGACGUCUGCUCUCUUUGAACUCGGCAAGAACAGCUCGGGCUGCUCCCUCGGCCGCUCCGGAUGCAGGGAACGCCGUGGUGUGCAACUGUGGGAUUGAAGCCCUGCUGCUGACUGUGCGAAAGGAAGGGCCCAACCAAGGCAGGCAGUUCUACAAGUGCAGCUCCAGCACCUGCAACUUCUUCCUCUGGGCUGAUCAGCACUCGGAGGACAGAAGCAACGCGGCUCCGCGGGGCUCUGCGCUGCCCCAGCCCUUCGCAGGAAGGGGCCCAGCAGGAUUCCAGCGUCCCGGAGGAGGGAGGGGCCCAGAGCCCUUUGGAAGCAACAGCUCAGAUUCAGGAGGUGGCACUGUCUGCAAGUGUGACCAACCAGCUGUCACCCGCACCGUCCAGAAGGACGGGCCCAACAAAGGGAGGCAGUUCCACACCUGCUCCAAGCCGCGGGAGCAGCAAUGUGGCUUCUUCCAGUGGGCAGAUGAAGCUGUGGAACCAGGGCCUUCUGGAGAUGUCUCUGUGAACCCCCCUGGCAGCAGUGGAUACUCAAGAGGGUUGGGAAGUAAAGCCAAGAGACCAAGCAUUCUGUCCUCAGGAGUCACUGCCAAGAAACCACGGACCUGUAGCAUUUGCCACCAGCCUGGCCAUACAAGGAAAAACUGUCCUCAGAACCACUGA